CUCGCUCUCCUUCUCUGCCUCUGUUUCCAUGUCUUUCAGUUUUGUAAGUGCGCGCGCGCGUGCGUGUGUGCGUGAGGACAGUGUGACAGUUUUCCUGCUGCUCGUACUGAACGGCUGAAAGAGUGAACACGCCGCUGCUUGUAAUGUAAACUGAAGCCACGCAAACGCGGGUUCUGCUGAGCGCUCGGUCAUUGGACAGCCGUGUGAAGACUCUUCUGUGUUUGGGCCGUUUAAUGUGUUGAUGCCGUCAGCCCUGGACUUAACUUCUCUAGAAGGCGAAUGGAGAUCGGGAUGCUGUUGUAGGGGGACAUUGAUUUCCAACUGACGCAGGCCCAAGAUAUUCAGAGAAUACAGAGACAGGACCAGAGCCAGAAGCCUGAUCCCUCCGAAACAACAUGAAGAGAAUCUGACCACUUUAUAUGUAGAUUUGGAAACCCAAGACAAAGCCAGGAUGAAUGUGAAAAGGAAGGAGAUGGAUUUCUUGAGCAACACUAUUGCAGCAUAUGCUCACAUUAAAGCAAAUCCAGAGAGUUUUGGCCUUUACUUCGUCAUCGGCGUGUGUUUUGGCCUGGUGCUCACUCUCUGUCUCCUGGUCAUCCGGAUCUCCUGCAAGCCUCGCACCACCACGGCUCUAUCCACGCCGGAGAAAAAACAGCUCAAAGACUUUAGCGAAGAGGACGAGGAGGAUGAGGAGAGUGAAGAUGAAGAGGAAGAGGAGGAUGCAGGAGGCCUGGAGUCCUCCAUUCGCCACAGCACCACAGAAAUCCCCAUAAACAACCACCUGAUCACUCCGGAUGGGACACUGGGCAGAAACGUCUUCACGUCGGCUGAGGAACUGGAGCGAGCGCAGCGGCUGGAGGAGCGGGAGAGGAUUAUCAGGGAGAUCUGGAGGAACGGACAGCCUGAUAUUCUGGGAACGGGGACAGGGACGAUUGGGAGAGUCCACUACUAUUGAGUUAAGACUCCUGGAUAUGGGCUCAAAGACUGACAUCUGAAGUCAGUUAACGUUUUUUUAAAAAACACGUCAGACUGGUGUUCUUGUAAUCCUGCAGACCACGGGUACAGCUGUUCUGUUUGGACUGGGCAAACUGGGGACAGUCCUCAAGUCUUGGUGCUUAAUGAAAAGUCAUUUUGGCUCUGUUUACACCUGGUGAUAAAGGGAUAGUUCACCUAAAGAUGAAACUUCUGUCAUCGUUUACUCAACCUUCACUUGUUCAAAACUAGUUUCUUUCUUGCGUUAAACACAAUAAAAAGAUAUUUUGAAAAAUGUUGGC